UUGGUAGGGUAUAGAGAACGAUGCUUACGAGAAUAGAAGCAUAUCUGACUCGUACCUACAGAGUACACUACUACGCAAACUACGCCAUCAACUACGCAACUACAGUUCCCGUGCCUAGAUCUUCGCCCAUCGCGCCAUCGCGCCAUCCCCGUCUUCCCAUCUCCUCAAACCCUCGAUCACGCAAAAAAGUAAAAAAAAGUAUUACAAAGGAACCACGAGUCUCGCCCUUCCCCAGCACCAGGGCCUGCGUGACCCACAUGUUCCACAUUGCCACGCGUGUAUAGAAGAUCAAUCGCGAUCGUAUCUUUCC